AUGUUUCCUUGUGUGAGGCUUGGCUCCAAAUUUGUCAUUGUCCCGUGUCAGGCAAUGAGGUCGACUCGUAUGGAAAUGACAUUAUCUAGUAGGUGGAAAAUUCUCAAUAAAGAGUUGGGAAAAUGGAGGGAUGCUUUGGCAAAAGCGAUGGACAACCAUAGAAGCGAGGAAAAUCUUAGUAAUGAGAUGAUUCAAGCACAAAUGUGGUUUGGUGCAACUGGGCAAGGCAAAAACAGUUUCAACCAUCAUGAAUGUUGGGAGGUGGUGAAAAAUUGCAAAUGCUUCAGAAUUAUUCCCACGGGUCCUGCCGUUAUGUUAAACGAGACGCCACUCCGUGAUUCAAUGACAUCGGAUUCACCUAUCGAUUCCCUUAUGAGUCAAGACUCACCCAUUGAAAAGGAGCCGAGGCCCAUUGGCCGAAAGGCUGUGAAGGCAAAGAAAGGGGAAAUUGCAAGCCAGAGCGCCAUAAGAGUUGAAAUGGAACAGAAACGCCAAGAGAACGAGAUGGCAAUGCGAGCAGAAUAUGCACAAGAAAGGGAGUAUUUGCGCAAAAAAGAGAUGGACAAGACGGAUCGGGAAACCAUGGGGAUGGAUACAAGCCAUAUGUCCCCUAAAACAAAACAAUUUUGGAAGCUAGAACGAAGGGAUGUUAUAAGAAGAAGACUUUUCCAGGAUGAUAGGCCUAGCAACACGAAUUGGUUAAAUGAUCAAAACCAUUAA